AUGCCGCUGCCCUCCCCCAUCAGCUACCUGGCUGCCAUGGAUCCUGAGAGCAAGUUCCAGGUCAUCAAGCAGGAGCUGGUGGAGCUGGAGAUCUUCCCAAGGGAACUGAGAGAUGACCGGGGCUCCUAUACAGCCUCCAUCUACCAGAGCUACAUGGGGAGCUCUUUUGCCAGCUACUCACACUCUCCUCCUCUCCUGCAAGUCAACAGAUCCUCUAGUAACUCUCCAAGAAUUUCCGAAACCUAUGACACUGUUGUGGGAAAGUCCUCUGAUGGGGAAGAUGAGCAGCAGGUCCCCAAGGGCCCCAUCCACUAUCCAGUGGAGCUCAAAUGCAUGCACACCAUGGUAGUGAAAGUCCCUGAGGUGAACUCUUCUGCCUUGCCACACAAGCUUUGGAUCAAAGACAAAGCCAUGAAGAUCAAAGUAGAAACCUUUGGUAAUGAGUUUGAGGCCACUCAAAAACUCUCCUUACCCAUUGACAUGACAUCUAAAAGACAUUUUGAACUUGGAAAGCAUAAUGCCCCGAGUAUGUUACAUACUUCCCUCCCUCCUUUCUCAGUGCAGGUGAUGAGCAUUCAAGAUUGGUCUCUCAAAUCAGAACACCAGCAUCCAAAAGACCUGAGAGGCAAGACUCAGAGUGGUUUCAAAACUGGAGUGGUGGAAAUUAAAGACAAUGGGUACAAAGUUUCCGACUCAGCGAACUUGUACUUAAAGCAGGGGAUAGCAAACUUAUCUGCAGAGGUUGUCUCACUUAAGAGACUUAUAGCCACACAACCAAUCUCUGCGUCUGACUCUGGGUAG